AUGGAGCCCGACGAUGAGAAAAAAAAGAAGUUAAACGAUGACGUAGUGGUUUUUAUGCGCAAACGCAGCGAAACUGAAGCGCCGCGAUAUACCGCCCGACUGAAAACCUACGUCGAUUUCCAACAAAAGCGUCGGAGAGCAGCGGCCGCGCGUCGCCACUCUGAACACGGCCAUCACGAAAAGAAAAGCAACUCAACCACUAAAAAGAAAACUGAUGGCGACCUAAAAGAUAAAGCUCCGGACAAGCAGUACCUCUUUACUUCUUGCAGAGAACAUAUCGGGGAUGAUGAAGACGGCAUGAGCAGGAGUGAUGAUGAGUGUUACAUGUUCGAAAGUCGUCGUGGCGGCAAGUACGUGCACCGAGCUCGUUCAUACUCCCGGUCGGCGUCCAUCGACCCGGACGAUCCGUCUGACCGAGGGUGCCGCAGAAAGAAGAAAAAGAAGAAGUGCCGUCGUCGUCGUCGUCGCUCUUGUAAGAAGAAGAAGCGCCGUAAGAGUUGUCGUCGUAAGCGACGUCGCAGCUGCAAACGCAAGCGACGCCGCAGCUGCAGCCGCAAGCGCCGUCGCUCAUGCAAACGCAAGAAGAAACGUUGUGGCCGCCGCCGCAGCCGUCGCAAACGCCGCCGCUGCUGAUCAUGCAACUGUGCCCGUUAGGCCUGUGAAGGUUAAAUUCUCCGUGCUGUUUGU